CGGAGCUUUACUAACACAUGAGUGUGGUGGUGUGUCCAUCCACCCAGCUGUCCAUGCUACAGCACACCAUGCGUCAAUUAGCCUGCACGAUGCGCACAACGACCUCUCACACUCACACAAUCAGACAGCAUUCAGACAUACACCCGGCACGGCACACCCACAGCACUCCCACACGAGGGAUGCACGGGGCAGCCAUGCCAAAAAACGGUCACAUCAAUCAGGCAGGCAGGCAGGCAGGGAUGGGAACGUGCCGACCGCUCGGCCGUCUCCUCUCAUGUGUGUGUGUGAGAAGAGAAGAAACAGCCGAACGGUUUGCGGCACCCCCUAGAGUGAGCAAACACUUCCCGCCCGCCCGUCACACACAGGUCAACCGAAGGCCGUCAUGGCCAGCUCCACACACACAUGGCAUGGCCGGGCAGACACACCCACAUGUGUGUGUGAGGGCUGGGGGGCAAAAGUGUUGAAACGACAGCCAGACGGUAACACAGCAGGAAGACGCAACUCUGCUACAGACGUACGCCGGUCAGUCAGUCGAGCACACACACACACACACAGCUCGUGCCCGCCCCCAGAUAGAAGGUGAGUGGAUCAAUCCGUCCACAGCUCUCCCCUGUCGCCCCAAGCUACAAUCCCCACUUCUCCCUCCCUCCCGCCCUUCCCACCCCGCCACCCUCGCCCUCCCCCCGGUGUGUGUGUGUGUCUAGAUUUCUAGUUCGCGCCACUUUGAGAAGACCAUGAAUUUGCCAUUGUCCCUCAUGCGCCACCAGAGGCGGAAGACGACGGUGGCGUAGCACAUGGGGAUGGCGGUCCAGAGCAUGAGCUCCGUCCAUGCGCGGGCGCCCAGUCCGCCCCACUCGCCGCGGUCCACCUGCCAGAACCACAGGUUGAGCCGCGGGUCCAGCGAUUUCUUGGGCUUGGCGUUCCAGUCGCUCAGGCUCGUCUCCCCGUUGUACUCCCACCACUUGGCCAUCGCCUUCUUGACGUAGUGCUGGUGGUUGCGCCAACCGUUCCGAAUCAGCCAGUACGCUGGCCCGCCAUGACGCGGCAGCUGCACAAACACACACAAUCCACACAGCACCGCACGAAGCAGGCAGAGAGAGGGAAGGACACGAUGAGGGGUGAGCUGGCGGUGUGGUUUGCGCUUCUUUCCGUAGCAGCGUACCAUAGGCGGCGCGAGACGCACAUUGCUGACCCUCAUCUUGCCCGAUGAGGCCCAGCCCUCAAACAACACCUCCCCCUUCGCAAGCU